GGCUUAUACUAGAUUAGUUCGGUACGAAUUACCAAAAGUACGUCAAAUACAUCUCCGGUGAUUGUGGAGGUCGACUCCAGGGACAAAAUGGUGCCGAUCUAUGGACAGCUAUUAAGAAUGGCGAAGCCGCAACUGCAAAUUGAGCGACCCAAUGUCCUUGGAGCUGCAUAUGGCUGAUGAUCGUGUGCGGGCUGCUGGUUCAAGGUUUAGCUGAAAGGAAGUUGCAAAUAAAAUGGCUAAAGGUUUCAACUCCACACCCAGAUAAACCCAGUGUGGCCCUGGGACGAAUCAUAUAUGCAUUAAAGGUAUUCCUAUCGCUGUCCAUAUGUAAGCGAGAAUCCGAAAUUAAGGUUAACCAUGUUCCGUUUUCUCAUAAUACGGACAACAGUGAUGGCAUAGCACCGCCUCUGUUUUACCACUCAGUAGAUUCACGAUGGAAGAGAUGUUGCUAA